AUGACUGCGAUGAAUGUCGGACAAAAGCGGGCGUCCUCGGUCCGCAAGAGUUCUCUCGGCACAGGGGUCAAGCGUACGUCAUCAGUCCUAGCUCCAUACGCGCCAAGAAAUACGCCGGUUCCUGAAGAAGCGAAGGAGAUGGAAGCUGAGGACGGGGGUGGAGGUGGGGGCGGAACUGACUUUAAUGCGAAUUUCAACUUCCCUGCGGGUGCCGGAGCACGACAGAAGUCAAACCCAAGGCUGAAAUGGAUUCCUCUGAUGCCGAUUGGUGGUGGGUCAGGGCAAGCGCCCACGCAGCGUUUGUCAGAUAAGAAACCGGAAUGGAGAGGCUUUCGAAUCGGUUACAAGAAAACUCGACCACUUCGUAGAUGA